AUGGACGCCGCGUUAUCGCAAGAAGUCCAAGCGUACUUGAGCCGCGUCACCGUGACGGACCACAAUCCCGCCAUUUUGUUCAGCUGGCACACCGAAGCGCUCGAAGAGUUUGUCCAGGCCGCAAAUGCCCAACAAGAUGGACACCCGCAGUGGUUCUCCGAGCCUCGAGGCAGCCUCUCGCCCGAGUCGGUCAUGCGGGACACCAUCACGUACUUAGCACAGCUUGGCGGCGGGCAAUGCGGCCACGUGCUGGUGGCCCCCAACUCGCUCAUCCAGUAUGGCCACCUGCAAGAGCGCCUUCAGUACAUGCAGUACGACGAGUUCAUGCAAAAGUGCAUGGCCAGCGUGACGCCCGGUAGGACACUAGCGCGCACGUUUGCACUCACAGUGCCAUCAACGGACAGUGCAGUCCCGACGCAAUGCCUUCCACCGCCGCCGCCUGUCCGACAGCUAUUCGAGUAA